CCCGCGGCUGUUCUCGGCAGCUUCCCGCGAGGCCGACGACGAGGCUGCCGCCGCCCGUGUCGGCGAGGUCCUCAUCUCCCACCUAGGCAUGUCUGUCGACGAGGUUGCUGCGGCUGUCACUGCGCGUCCUGCUCUGGCCAAGGCUGAGCCAACUGCCUUGGUCAAUCGCAUUGACUAUCUCCGGGACUCGCUCAACCUGCAUACUGCCAAGCUCCGCGCUCUGGUUGCUGCUGCGCCGCCGCUCCUCGGCUACGAGCUCGAGCAUACGGUCAAGCCCAAGGUCGAGUGGCUUGCCUCGUAUCUGGGCCUCUCGCUACCGGACGUUGGUGUCGCCGUUACUCGCUUUCCUCUUGUUCUCGGCUACUCGCUGGAGGAGCGUCUUCGCCCGCGUGUCGCCGAGCUCGAGGCACGCGGCCUCUCGCGGGACGUCGUUGCGCGCAUGGUCAAGACCUACCCGCAGCUCUUUUCCAUGCCUGCCGCCACUGUUGCUGCCAAACUCGCCUUCCUCGCCUCGGACUUGGGCCUCACCGUCGCUGAGCAGACCCGCGUGCUCUCGUCGAACCCGAACAUCAUGGGCCGCUCUGUCGAGGACCACCUCCGGCCCUGGGUCUCCUUCUGCUCGGGCCUGCCGUCGGAAGGUCCGCCGGGCCCGGUUGCCGGUCUCGGCAUGUCCCAAGCGGACAUGCGCCGCAUGGCUGUUCACUUUCCGCAAGCUCUCGGCUACUCGGUCGAGCGUAAUGUCAUUCCCACCAUGCAGUACUUUGCCGACGAGUGGGGCGUCCCGCAUCCCGACCUCAAGCGCCUCCUCACCCUCUAUCCGCGCACCCUUGGCCUCUCCGUCGAGACAAACCUUAAGCCCAAGGCCGCAUACUUUACCGAUACCCUCGGCCUCUCGCCCGACCAGCUCCGCGACCUUGUCCUCGACUUUCCGCCGCUCCUCGGCUACUCGCUCGAGUCGAACAUCAAGGCCAAGGUUGACGUCCUUACUGCCUUUGUCACCCGCGUGCUUCCGGCCCUCCCCGACGACCACCCGCUGAGUGUGGCGUCGAGCCCGCCGGCCAUCGACCUCGCCGCCACCAUCACUGCUGGCCCGCGCCUGUUCUCCUACUCGCUCCCGCGGGUCCACGCCCGUCUCGCCCGCUUCGCCGACCCGAGCCUUGCUCGCGCCGGGGUCUUUGGCAAGCCGGACGCCAUUGUCUGCGACGGUGCGCUGAAACUCGGCCCAGUCCUCACACCCACAGAUGCUCAGCUCGACAAGCGCAUCGCCCGUGCUCAGCGCAAGGCCAGCAAGGCCAGCUCCACUCCGCAGUAGCCCACCGCAUGAAAUCAUGUUACUCGCUC